UAGAUUUUGGAAGCUGCAAUGUCCGAGCCCGCAGGGGGAACAUGAAUGCAACAAAAGUUCAGUCCUCUUGAGUUGCUAUUGAGCUACAAUCAUGGAGGAAAAACAAAGCAAAACUCACAGCGACUUCUCUCCAGGGAAGGAAGAUCACGGCCCGGAGGACAUAAUCAGCCGACAGCUGAGCGAACAGAGCCGCUUUGCUUUUGCUGCUCUGUGCAGUGUCUCCUUAGGCCAGUUGUUCGCUGGAUCUGAAAACAGGGUGUUUAGGGAGCAGUACUUGCAGAGCUUGGUCCAGUGGCUGGAUCUGGAUGAGUCGGUGAUGCCAGUUAUGGGGGCUUUCCUGUCUGGUCUGGGUUUCGAGGGCAUCGAUACCUUUCUCUCCAUCCUACAGGCUGAUCCAUUGGUGGCUGCAGGAGCCACACCCAUCAUACAGGAUCUGGUGUCUUUGUCUGUCAAAGAUGGUCAGUAUGAUGCCAGAUCCAGAGUCCUGAUCCGCCAUGUUAGCUGCCUGCUGCGAGUGUCCCCGCAGCAGCUGGAGGAGUUUGAGGAGACGCUUGGAGAGAGGCUGAGGGAAGCAGUAGAGGAGAGCGAAGAGGAGUCCUCCCGCCGGCGGAGGAGAGAAAGAGGACGAAAGUUAAGACGCUACCUUCUGAUUGGGUUGGCCACUGUGGGAGGAGGGACUGUGAUUGGUGUGACAGGUGGCCUGGCAGCCCCUUUGGUGGCAGCUGGAGCAGGUGCCGUCCUGGGGGCCGGGGGGGCCGCUGCACUGGGAUCAACUGCUGGCAUCGCCAUCAUGGCUUCUCUGUUUGGGGCCGCUGGAGCUGGACUGACUGGCUAUAAGAUGAACAAGUGUGUUGGCGCCAUAGAGGAGUUUGAAUUUCGACCCAUGAGCUCCGGGAAGCAUCUUCACCUGACCAUCGCAGUGACGGGCUGGCUCUGUAGUGGUAAAUAUAAUUCGUUCCAGGCCCCGUGGUGCAGCCUGGGAGACUGUGGAGACCAGUACUGCUUGGUGUGGGAGUCACGUUUCCUCAGGGACCUGGGCUCCGCCAUGACCUCUCUACUGGACGGACUGGUCAGCAUGAUGGCUCAGGAAGCCCUUAAAUACACAGUGCUGUCAGGUAUUGUGACGGCCCUGACGUGGCCUGCGUCUUUGUUAGCUGCUGCCAGCGUCAUCGACAACCCCUGGUGCGUUUGCCUGAACCGCUCAGCUGAGGUGGGCAAACACCUGGCUCAGGUUCUGAGAAGUAGGCAGCAGGGAAAGCGGCCUGUCAGCCUUAUAGGCUUUAGUCUUGGGGCUCGAGUCAUCUACUACUGUCUGCAGGAGCUUGCCAGUGAUAAAGGUAGUGAAGGGAUGGUUGAGGAUGUGGUCCUCCUCGGGGCGCCUGUAGACGGUUCUGAGAAGUCCUGGGAGAAAAUGGUGAAGGUGGUGGCAGGAAAAAUAGUGAACGGCUACUGCAGAGGAGACUGGCUGCUGGGCUUCUUGUACCGGAGCUCAGCUGCACAGCUGUCUGUUGCUGGGCUGCAGCCAAUCAACAUCCAGGACCGGCGGAUAAUUAAUGUGGACCUCUCAUCAGUGGUGAAAGGCCACUUGGACUACAUGCGUCAGAUGGACACCAUCUUGGUGGCAGUCGGAGUUCCCACCAAAGAGGUGCCAGGAGCUUCGUUUGUUCUUCCUCAGACUGUAAAAGCCGCCCAGACCGUCGUGGACGACGUGGAACAGCAAGCCAGCGCGACGCAGAAUCCAUCUGAGGAAGAUAGAAGUUGUUCAGAAGAGGGCAGAGAUUGGAGCGAGGUGGCAGAGACAGAGGAAACGGAGGAUGGCUGGGAUAUUCCUGACAUCACCGACCUGCUAGACUCUCUGAAUGAGACGGAGUCAGACAAUCAAAACUCUAUUCCUAACAAUUCACCACCUAAAAACCAGGAAACUACAAAAAACAACGGCUUAACAGAGGCUGACCAGGAUGAGGAACACAUAUCAUGGAGCUGGGAUGAUGCACAGUGGACUACAGAGCGCUCACACAAAUAAAAACCUUUAAAGAGAUUUUUAUGUUCCAGGACCGGCUGUUUCCUCACUAGCUCUCAUGGCCUCCAGUUAUUUUUUUGAAACACAGAAGCUUCUUUGGUAGAAAACAAUUUUUUUUCUUUCAUCCUUGGCACAGUGAGGUGCCAGAAAUACUGUGAAUUGAAGCUCCUACAUAUGGCAGCUUUUAGAAAAACAGCCUCUAAAUGAACUGCCUUGUUUCACUUCUUGAUGUACUGAUAAUUUAAUCAUCAUUCAGACUGAUGAAGGAUGAAUAGUUGUUUUGUUUGAAGAACUGUAAAUGGUUUAUUUUCAAAAUCUAAAAAAAGUAGCUCAGAACAUUUAGUGAUUGGUAGUUAAGUAAACUACCAUCUUUUUUACUCCUACCUUAUUUUUUGCUGUAGCCUGGUUUCUAUAGAACAAACGACAGAGUAUUAGGGCCAGGCUAGAGAUAGAGAUUUUUUUCUUCUAUUUCGAGAUUAAAGUAGU